ACCAGCGUCUACUGUAACCGACCCUCACUAAGCUGCCUCAGUGUGCAGUCAACAAAAGCAGAAAUCGUUCCCUCCGUUCGUUAAGACUGCCAUCUCCUCUCCAGAGUCAAAAUGACAGUCCGUUUUAAGGGCAUCAGCGAAUAUCAGAAUAAAUACAGGACUCGACCGAGGCGAGUGAAGAGCGCGUCACCGCAGCGCAGAAUGCGAUUGGCUGGAGUCCGCUCUGACCAGCUGGGAAUUAGCAGAGAACCCCAGUUUCAGUCCAAGAGACGGGUAUCCUCCUACCCAUCCCAAGUGCCCACGUCUCUCCAGUGGGGAGAUUCAGCUGUUUCACAGAGGCAGCAGGAUAUAACCAGGCCUGGCAGCCCUUCAGCUGUGGUCCAUGUAGCACGAACCAGCAGUGCAGAGAAGGUAGAGACCCCUCUGGCCCCAAGAACAUCUAAACCAUCAAGGGCCUCUAAGACAAUCCAGCAGCAGGAAGAAGUUCCAUCUGCUUCUGCCGCUGACCAAGAGAAACCGGAGCGUCCCUCAAAUGGGAUAAACCAUGCUCUGAAGAAGAAAGCAGGCCUGAGGUCAGAGCGCCAGAGGAAUGGCCGCCAGAGUUCUGAGUACCAAAGGCAGUUUCUGUGGAAAACUCCAGUGGCUGAAUCGCCUCUUCUCGCUGCACAACAGAUGUUGUACAGCAGCAACGGCUCAAUCCCACCUUUCAUGUCCAACCCAGUGAAAAUGGAGAGCGAGUAUAAGAGGAACUUUAAAGGGUCCCCUCCACCGAGACCUCCACGCUUACGGCGAGACAUGGAACUAAAUGAGGUUCCACAGUUACAAAGGGAGAAUAUCUCUCCAGAGAAGCAGAGUAAAAGGAAGAAGAGAAGAGAGCAGCGUCUGCGCAGGAAGUCAAGACCCAAAGAAGAAACUCAUCCAGAGCCACAGUCCCUGCAGCAGGAAGUGAGGGCUACAUCUGAGCAAAAAGACGUUACACCUAAAGUCAUGAGGAAAAUGAAAACUGAAUACACCUCAAAUUUUCACUCUCCUCUUCAGUACCGCUACAGAGACGGAGCCUGGGUCAGGCCCAGGGCUUUAGGAGAGGAGGGUCACGAAUGGUAUCAUGAGGUUUGUGAGUUGCGGGAGAAAGCAGAAGCCUACAGGAGAAGGGCCUGGGGGACACACUUUUCCCGGCAGCACCUCAGCCAGAUCCUCUCAGAACAGAACUGCCUGUGGGAGGCCUCUAGUGCCUCUUCGUCCUCCACUCUCACUGAACAGGACAGGCAGUCCCCCAACAGUCCAAUCAUUGAGGCCUUGGACCUUGCCAGGGUGGAUAGUGUCAGGGAGAGUUCUAGCCCUGGGGCAUCUGUCUCCUUGUCAACUAGUAGGAGGAGCUCUUUUGAAGGUGUGGGACUUUCCAAUGGCCCACGCCUUCCUGUGCAGAGGAAACUGGCAUGGGAAGAGGAAACACAUCCAUGUGAGAGGGGUAUAGCUGAAAUAAAGCAGCAGAGGGAAGAGUCACCUGCCCAGCAGCCAAAGGAGUCAGAUGAGGAAGAAGACAUGAAUGAGCAUUCAGAAGACAAAAGAGAGAAUCUCAGAGUGCCAGAGCGUGAACCCUCAUCACUUUCAGUGGCGUCCAGAUGCUCCAUAGAUGAGGGCAGGUUACCUACACCCAGACUGAAAACCAUGCUGACUGCUCAGAGGACACAUCAUGACCGCACCACUCCAACAGCUGGAGGUGCUAUGCUGGUUUCCCCUCCCAAGACGAAGAAUUCCUUAAGGACAUCUAGGAGGAGUGAAGCACCACUAGGCAAAGCCCACUCACCUUACAAACAUCUCAAUCAUAGCUCACCUCCACGAGCACACAGCAAGGCAGAGAACGGUAGCUUGCCCCGUUCUUCCCCCACUGCAGGGAUGGGCACUCUUGACUUGCUUCCUCUGAGAGAAGACACAUGGGCUGAAGACUCUCCUGAACCCUUUUCUAAACCAAAAACAGCCAGAACACCUCAAAAACGAGCAACCAGUGCCAGGCUCAUAGCCGACAGUUCACCACAUGCCAACAGAAUCCAGGGCACACUGAGGAACCCAGAGUUUCAGCAUAAUGGUAACCUGGGACUCCAUCGGCCAGAUCAAUUUGUCUUCCCUUCCAGCGAUUCUGGUGUAUCUGACGAUGAUGACAGGCUGUCUCAGAUCUCAUCCAGGUCAGCAGCUUCCUGCUCCAUGGCGUCCGAGGUGUUGGACCGUGCCCAGAGGAGGAAAGACGACUUCUGGGGAAAGAGUUAAUGAAAGCCUGUGAUCCUGCAGUAUGGACAUUAGAAAUCACAGCAUUGUACUGCUUAUACUGUAUGUGUAAUUUCAAAAUGAAAAUUAGUGGAUUUUUUUUUUCAAGCAAUAGAGAAUAUAGAUUUGUAAUGUUAUUUAAUUUGGGUUUUAGUAUAUUUUGAUACCACCAAUAUAGCAUAGUCAUGGCCAAACUAAUAUGGUAAGGGCAAUCAUUUUAAACACUGUAUAUAAAAUUUGCUUUUAAUUGUUUUAAAA